AUUGUGUAUUUCUAAUCCGUGUUUUGAUCGCUACUUUAUGUCAUGUUCUGCUAUCUGCUGCGCAUCAUAUAUUUCCUUCAUGUCUGCUGAGCUACUGCCAACUUGUCGUUCUCCGAGUCCUGCUUUGACCACGGUUCUUAUUACGGUAGUACGUGCCUCAUCCUUCUUCCAUGCCAUCGUAAUGGCUCUGCAUGACCCACUCACAACCAAUCCGAAUACUGACUCAGUGGUGAUACCAAAUGCAGAAAGAAGGGCAACACUGGAAAUGAGAUACGUCCUCAUCUGAUUGACAGCUUGGAGCGUGGUGUGUUUUCAUCAUUCCUCUUGUACUCUGCAAGUAGCACUGGAAGCAGAUGGGCCCCACUGGGCAGACACAGAUAAACACAGGAUAACGACAACACGAUUAUCCCA